CGUACGUUAAGUGACAACCCUGCAAACAGCUGUUGUGACAUAACCUCGACUUCAAAAAUUGCCAGAAAAUGCUACGAAGAGUACUGCCAAGUGUGCGGGUGGGUCUGCAAUUCGUCAAGCCAACGACGACAGCUGUUAGAUGCACCAGCGGCAGCAGCGUUUAUGAGCCGGAUUACCUGGAGUCACUUAAGCCGAAAUUCCCGCAGUACGAAAGCCUUAACGUUCAAAUCAAAGGCUAUGAUUAUCCGCAGCUGGAGAGCUACCAACGCUUCCUACAUGGCGUGGCUGAAUAUCUGGAGCUCGAUGUCUCCGACUGCUAUGCCCUGCCGCCACAGCAAACCCAAGUCCAGCGCCUGCGUCCCAACUCCACAGUCGUUGAGUCCGAUUACAAGUUGACCACGUACGAGCGCAGCCUGCAGCUGUGCAAUGUCGAUGCCCCCGUCUAUCCGCAGUUUCUGCGCCUCGCGCAAGCAGCCCUUCCCGAAGGCGUAAGCCUGACAGUGCAGGAGCACACAGAUGAUUGCGAGGAGCGUCGCUAUGUGCCCGACAAGGAUCUGCUCGACCUCAAGGCAGAGCUGGAGCGCAUGGGUGGGGCCAGCACCAAGAAAAAAUAACUUUGGCAAUUUGGCAAACAUUUAAUGCUAAGAUUUAAUGAAUAACCUGUGUGUGUGUGUGGAGUAUAGAGAGUACCUAUGCAUAAAAA